CCUUGGGCGCCUCGCUCCGGCUUUCGCCUCGUGCCGGGCGUUGGCAAGGGAUUCCGCCGGCGCUUCUCGUUCCCUUUAGCGCUGGAAGCCUCUGCGCGCGGCGUUCUCGGCCUCGGCCGGAAGUGUACCCAUGGUAACGACGGGCGGAUCGGGUUGGGCCGGAGGGGGCCGAGCCACCGCCCGCCCCGGAGCCGGCUGGUCCUGAUAAAGAUGCCGCUCUGACUGACUCUUGUUCACUGACUCUUCACAUUGAAGGUGUGGGAUGGCUCUACAUGGCCUCAGCAGGGCCAGAUGCCUAUAACCUAGGCCUCAAGAGGGGAAACCAAUUCAAAGCAGACAUUUCGCCAGGGCUGACUGUGCCACCACUCACAGCAAAUCUUCAAGACAGUAAGGCCUGGUACCUUGCAAAGCAGCAAGUGAAGCCCAUCUGGCAGCUGGAACGGAAUCAUGUGACCGCUCUUCAGGACCAUCGCUUGGUCCACUCAGGGAUCUCUUCCCAGUGUCCCCGCCUCUUAUACCCAGAGACAUUAUGUAGCGAGGCAGUGUUUCUGAGCCCACCUCCCCCUCAUACCCAUCCCCUCCCAAACUUCCUCGGAAACACCUUGCUUUAUCGGCGCUCUUACUUCAGACACAAGCCUUACCGGAGGCUUGAGUCUAUCUGUGUGCAGCCUGGCACUUUAGAGAGGAAGCCUCUUCGCGCCCCACCCCCUGCCUAUCGUUCUGUUCUGAAUAACACCAUGUCAUCCUCAACCAUGGAGCCAUUCCUAAUGCCAAGCACUGUUGGUGAGCGUUCUGGUCCAGGAUCAAAAGUGAUGCCCCUAAGCUCAGGGAAGCUAAGCUCCAGUGCAUACAGGCCAGUGCUAAACAAUAAUUCUUUCCUGAGGCCAACUAGUGCAAAAGUGCCUUUGCAGCAUCAUCACCAACCACUGCCACCAGAAAAUAAGAAGCUGAAAGGCUUGCCAAGAGCACCAGGAUUCUCUUGGACCCAUUCUGGAGGAAAUGGGGAUGGUUCAACUGUGAAUAUUGAAAGAAAACUUGGGAAAGGCAACAGCUUAACUGUUGAGCAGACCAAUGCCAAAUCUCCUCGCUCAUCUAUUCACAAUGGCAUGGUUCUCAAAGCAGAACGGCCCUUUUGGCGGCUUGAGGACGGGGAGAAUAAAUCACAGAAUCUGAGAGAACAAGAUGUGCGAUUGACUGAAGCCAUGAGGAAGCUGACAGCAAGUGGUAUCCGGAAGGGUAGUACCUACAACGAAUUUGGUCACCGCAUUGACAGCUCCUGCCUUAUGAAUGCAAACUUUCACUCCAGCGUCUUUAAUCGAUGGAAACCACACAUUGUAGCACAGAUUACUCCAAGGGAAGUACCAGCUGCCACUUCCCUGAAUCUGGAACCUGGCAGCCGCCAUCAAAGCCUUACAGGCACAGAAGUUACUGAUGUCUGCACUAAACGUAUUGAUGCUCGUUUCUUAGCCUCAAAUCUGGAAUCUUCCAACCACAGUACCUCAAACCACUCUGCCAUCCCUGCUUCUGUGAUCACUGGAGAGCAGGUGGCCAAACCAGAACCAUCCCCACGAACCAGUGUUUCUGAGAUCGAGACAAAAAUUUCCUCUCUUCAGCUAGGCACAGAUACAAAAUGGGGGCCACCAGCCUCUGUGAAAGAUACUGAAGCUGCAGUCAGUUUACCACUGCUGGACCAAGCAGAAGUAGAAGAUGUGGAGGAAGAACUCCCUGAUGGCUUAGAAGAUGCCUGCAGUCAGGAUGAGGAAGGGGAAGAGGAUGAUGGGGAAGUUGAAUCUGAUGGCUCCUCAUCAUCUGGAUUAUCCCCUAAUGGUUCUGUGGCUAUUAUAUCCAGGAAUUGUGUUGAAGGAUUAGUUCCUCCACUUGAGGGCCAAGAGCGAAUUGUCAAGCCAGCUUUGAUAUACAGCCUAUUCCCCAAUGUGUCUCCCACCCUGUAUUUUGCUACCCGAGAUGAGAGAGUGGAGAAGCUCCCUUGGGAGCAGAGAAAGAUGCUGCGGUGGAAGUUGAGUACGGUGACUCCCAACAUUGUGAAGCAAACUAUCGCCCGGUCCCACUUCAAAAUCAGCCGGAGAAACAAUGACUGGCUAGGCUGCUGGGGCCAUCAUAUGAAAUCACCUGGGUUCAGAGUGAUCAAAGAACAUCAGAAGUUGAACCAUUUUCCCGGUUCAUUCCAAAUUGGUCGAAAGGACCGCCUGUGGAGAAAUGUUUCCAAAAUGCAGGUGCGCUUUGGGAAGAAGGACUUCAACUUUCUGCCCCAGUCUUUCAUUCUCCCACAAGAUAUCAAGCUGCUCAGGAAGACUUGGGAAGAUGGUGGGAGUCGCCAGAAAUGGAUUGUGAAACCGCCAGCUUCUGCUAGAGGCAUUGGAAUCCAGGUCAUCCAUAAGUGGAGUCAGCUGCCAAAGCGCAGGCCACUGCUGGUACAGAGGUACAUACACAAACCCUACCUUAUUAGUGGAAGUAAGUUUGACUUAAGGAUUUACGUUUAUGUCACAUGCUAUGAUCCACUUCGUAUCUACUUAUUCAAAGAUGGACUUGUUCGUUUUGCCAGUUGCAAAUAUUCCUCCUCCAUGAAAAGCCUUAGCAACAAAUUUAUGCACUUGACCAAUUACAGCAUCAACAAGAAGAAUAUAGACUACAAGUCAAAUGCAGAUGAAAAUGCUUGCCAAGGUCACAAAUGGGCACUGAAGGCACUCUGGAACUAUUUGAACCAAAAAGGAGUUGAUAGUGACGUCAUUUGGGAGAAAAUAAAAGACAUAGUUGUCAAAACUAUUAUUGCGUCAGAGUCCUAUAUUACCAACCUUGUGAAAAUGUAUGUGAGACGCCCUUACUGCUGCCAUGAACUGUUUGGAUUUGAUGUCAUGCUGGAUGAGAACCUUAAGCCAUGGAUCCUGGAAGUCAAUAUCUCCCCCAGCCUUCAUUCAAACUCUCCUCUGGAUGUGAGCAUCAAGGGCCAAAUGAUCCGAGAUGCCCUUAACUUAGGUGGCUUCAUGUUGCCAUGUCCAGAAGAUGUGGCUUCACCCUCUGGAAGUGCUAGCAGCUCUACAACCAGUAUGAGUAGUGUUUCAAAGGACAAGAUCAAGCCAUCUGUGGAGUUGUUAACUGCUGAGAAAACAAAGAGAGCUUACUACCUGACUCAGAAAGUACCAGAUCAGGAUUUCUAUGCCACCAUCCUAGAUGUCCUGACUCCAGAUGAUGUGCGAGUCCUGGUAGAGACAGAGGAUGAGUUUGCGCGACGUGGGCAGUUUGAGCGUGUCUUCCCCUCCCGCAUAUCCAUGCGCUACUUGCGCUUCUUUGAGCAGCCACGCUAUUUCAACAUCCUUACCACCCAAUGGGAAAUGAAAUAUUUCUUCAAUAAGGCCAAAGGAGUGGACCUGCUCAGAAGCUGGUGCCAUAAAGGCUUUCACAAUGGAAUAGUGACAGAUUCCACAGUGAUGUGGACGCUGCCAAGACACCACCUCUUUUUGAAGAAUGAUCUCCAUGUGAAUGGCUUGACUAAGGUGGAGUCAGGCAAAACCAGCAACAAAAUCCUUGUCCAGCAAGAGGGAGAAGAGCCAGUCCGAAGCACUGAGCCAAAUCCUUGUACUCAAAGCUUACCUCAGAUUAAGUACACAUCUGGAACUCUCAAGAAAUCCACGAUUCCUCGGGUCCUUAGCAAUUCAAGCCUGAUAAAGUGAUGAGGGACCGAGGGAGUGGCCAACUUCCCUCCCUUGCAGUGUCAAGAGGGGGCACGCAUGACCUACCUCAGUGGAAGCUUGGAGAGCCAGUGUCUGAAGCAUGAAGAGGGUCUCUUCCAGCACAGCCACUACAGAACUAUUUUUGGAAAGGGAAUUGGGGGGAGAGAGGAGAUGUUUUAUGUGGUGAGGAGGGAAAAAUACUCUGUUUAUAGUUUUUUAUGACAAAGGAAGUUUCUAAACACAGAAGCUUGAAAACCUA